AAUGCCGGUCACGGUCAGGGUCAGGGUCAGCCGGUGGCUUGCGUCCCGGGACAUGCAUGUUUCAGUCGAGGGAAUGUCCAACCGCCACAUGCAGCGAUCGUGCGUGUUGGCAAACCCAUAGGAGAUGCUGGAGAAGAAGUGGUCCAGAACAGGACACAAGGUAUCACCACCAGAUUGCUUCACCUCACAAGUUCUUCUCUUCCGUGAAAAGGUUUCUUCCUCCCCCGCCUGCAGGGCACGGCAACCCUAGUGUCCAAGCCCAACCCAUAUAAAUGUAGGCAUAUGCGCGUAGCCAGCCUUUGCAACCAAGUAGGAGUACCCCAUACUCACCAGCUAGAUUCCUCGGCGUCCCAAAGCCGUUUUCGCCGCUUCAAUUUGGUUCAUUCUCAUUCGUCCACGCAUCAGCUCUCACUCAAGCAGUGCCUCCAUCAUCUGCCUCAUUGGCCCAACAAGUUAUUCAAGAGAAAUCAGUCAUGGCCGCCACCGCUGGCCGCGCGUACGAGGACUUCGUGCCGCCGCACAACAUGGUCACCGAGCCGGCGACCCACACCCUCUCCGUUGAUCUCACCGCCGCAGGGUACAAGAAGGAGCACAUCAGGGUGCAGCUGGUCCGCAGCCACGGGCUGGUGGUCGUGCGCGGCGAGCGCGCCGUCGCGGGCAACCGCUGGAGCCGCUUCCGCCUGGAGUUGAGCGUGCCCGACGGCUGCGACGUCAAGGGCAUCCACGCGAGGUUCGAGGGCGGCGUCGUGCGGGUCACCAUGCCCGGGCUAAGGACCGGGCCGGCGGCCGCGGUUAAAGAGAAGGAGGAGCCCCCGGCGGCAAAGGCUGAUGCAUCUGCAGGAGACAAGGAAAACGAGAAAGUGCAGAGACAGUCGGCGGAGGAGCGCGGGGCCAACGCGGUGAAAGACAGUGGCCGCCUUGAUCGAGGACAAGGUACCCCUGCCCACGACGUCCGCGGAGUGGAGGCACCGGCGCCGGCGCCGGCUUCAGGCCGUGGAUACAGCUACCUCCCUGAACGGAGAAAGCUUGUGACUACCGUGGUUGGCGCGGUGCUUGUCCUGUUUAGCCUUGGCAUCUACGUCAGGUACAGCUUCGGCCCAUGAGCUGAGCAGAGGGAGAGGUGUUGAGUGUUGACCACACUCCACGUCCGAGGAGCCUAAACGAUUUGGCGCCAAUCGACGUGCAAGUGUGAUAGUGCUAAACGAUCGUCCGAUUGAAUAUGUAAAUUGUGUCCUAAACCUAAACUACAGCUGCUAAAGAUUUGUGAAUCAUGACGGCUUCUUUAGUCUGAUACCAACAUGUACACCUUUUAUUUCA